AGUAACACUCAAUGUACGGCUGCUUUCAUAACAAAAGCCGGCCUUUGUUUAAAGAGUGAGCGAAAAAAACCACGAGCGAUACGCAUUUUAUGUUUGUAUUUUGAAAAAUCACCGGAAGUACCACGCCCUCGCUCGGGUCGCUUGACGUCCCCUGGCUCAACUGAGAACAUAGCAAAGAGAGCAGUCGGACGGUCGUGUCUCUUUCCGAGGCCGGAUGGUAAAAUCCAACCUCCAGCGGAUCCUAAACAGUCAUUGCUUUGCUCGCGAAAAGGAAGGAAAACAACACACUCUUACGACCAUGGCGGAUUUGAGUAGCGGUAUUUGUGACAUGAUUGGGAAUCUAUCCAUGCACUGUAGUAGUACCCGCGGCCCGGGGCCUCUGUGGUGUUCCGAUGCCCCUCUCCCACCCCUGAAGAUCCCAGGUGGGCGAGGGAAUGGCACACGGGAUCACGCUCCUUCAGCUCGGUUGCUCUACUCAGACCAGAAGUUGACCGUUAGUGAGGAGCCGGCGGGUAACGGUCGCCCCGGGAUACUCCACUUCCAAAGUCGCCCCACCGUCAGCAAGACAGUUGAGUGGGAUGCUGUCCUGAGCAGCAGUGCACUCUUUGUGGAGAUCCCCCUUGACCCACUUCCUGAAGGCAGCAAGGAGAGCUUUGCGGCGCUGCUGGAAUAUGCUGAGGAACAUCUGAAAGUUGUUGGCGUGUUUGUCUGCUUUUACAAGAACAGGGAUGAUCGCGCCCAGUUGGUGCGAACAUUCAGUUUCCUGGGCUUUGAGAUCGUGAAACCGGGCCAUCCCCUUGUCCCGCCUCGACCUGAUGUUCUUUUCAUGGCCUACAAUUUUGACAGGGACUCUUCUGAUGAAGAGUAACCCCAUCUCCCUUACCCCCCCUUUUUCUUCCUCCCUGUGUGUGUGUGUGUGUGUUCUCAUCACCAUUUAGUGCACCCAUCUCAUUUAGUGUGGGCGUAAAAAGGGAGAGGUUGUCGUAGGUUCAAGUGUAGCUUUUGCUUCAGCGGACAUGGUUUGUUUGAAUGUACAAGAAACUGUCAUCAGGUUUUUACACUCGGGUACCGCAGCUUUCUUUUUGCAAACACAUUUCAGGGGGACCACUUUUAUUGUGUAG